CCGCCUGACACAUCCAUCCAGCCAGCCCAGCUCUCUGGUCCAGUGUCGGUAUCGGCAGCACCUCUGAGCCCAACAAAUCGAGUGGCUGACCCCUACAUCGCUCCAUCUAUUUUCUCACCUUUCGCUUUUUUUUUCCCGCAUAAGCGACCUACACAUACGGCGCAGUCAAUAUGGCGGUCGCUCAGGUUCCCCGGAACUUCAAGCUGCUCGCCGAGCUGGAGAAGGGCGAGAAAGGCAUGGGUGCAGGUGCCUGCUCAUACGGUCUCGAGGAUCCCGAGGAUAUCUUCAUGACCCACUGGCGAGGAACGAUUUGGGGCCCCCCUCAUGGCAACCAUGAGAACCGCAUCUACGAGCUCAAGAUGGAGUGUGGCGAUAACUACCCCCAGGAGCCACCUACGAUCCAUUUCGUCAGCCAGAUUAAUCUUCCUGGCGUGAGCACAGUAGAUGGCGAGGUCGACCCGAAUGCUGUCGCGAUCCUGCGCGAUUGGACCAAGAUUUCUGCCGAGCUUUCUACGAAUCCCCGGUCGAAGGAGGACCUGCUGAGCCUGGAGACGGCGUUGAUUUCGAUAAGAAGAUACAUGGAGGAGAACAAGAAGCUGCCCCAACCUCCCGAGGGUUCUAAGUACCCCAUGUAUGACUGAUUACGGGGCGCGUCAUGCGAUCAAGAAGCCGCGGUACUACCUUAUCGCGACUUUCGGUGGAAUAACCCGGUGUAGGACGAGGAUAAUGCGGCUAAUGCUCCCGGUUUUGGGAAUUCCUUAGAUGGCCGUGGUCGAGAGUUGUAGCCGUCUAGGCUAUGCUUGAGGAAUGAAUUAACGGAAGGAAAUGCUUCAUUGCAGAGUUCAAGCCACAUAACUUGAGGAUGAUUCACGAAUGUUCUUCUAGCACAUUAACAUGUACCUGAACGAAAGUCGUGGUAAUUGAAGUGCUCCCUCGGCCUGUCAA